GAGCACUUUGUGAUGAGUUUCAUUGUUGUAGUUAGUUAGGCGUACAAUAAUUGUAUGAAUAAUAAAGUUGGUGUUUUUUAUUUAUUUUCACUUACCUAAUUAAAUGGGCAUCGCAUACGAACAAGCUCUCUCCGAAGUAGGCAACGAGGGAAAAUUUCAAAAAUGUUUCGAUGUAAAAUACAAUGUGCUGGUGGUGUUUUUAUGGAGUAUGGCUUAUAUGAAUAUUAUUUUAGCCUUAGCAUUUACUCCAUACACGUGCAAACUACCUGACAAAACUGAUAUAAACAUAAGUGAUUAUACGUGGAAGCUUAAACAUAUCCCAGUGCAUACCGAUGCCAACGGUGAUGUUAAAUUUGAAAGCUGCACCAUUUAUAAACAUCCAGAUGUUAACAAUGAAACAACGGAAUGCGAUUCAUACACGUAUGAUCAGACUUGGUACGAAAGCACAAUUGCUUCAGAAAAAAAUUGGGUUUGCGAUAAAGAGAUAAAUAUUGCGAACCUGUUCGCUUUUAGUAAAAUUGGCGAAGCAUUUGGUUCAGUUGUAUUCGGCUGGAUUGGCGAUGUAUUUGGUCGCCGUCCUACCUACAUGAUUUCUAUGUUACUCGUCGUUUUGGGUCGCCUUAUAUCACUAAUGGCUGGAUCAUCAUUCUUUAUAUUUGCAACUGGUUGCAUUAUUGCCUCUUCCCCUUCAUGGUCCGUUCCUCAGACAGUAUCUGUUAUAUCUAUGGAAAUAUCUUCUUCGGCUCGGAGAACUACCACAACAUCAAUGCGUUAUACAGCAUUUAGUAUAGGACUUGCAACUAUGUCCUUAUUCUAUUGGUGGCUUAGAGAUUGGAAAUUAUUUGUUAUCAUUACAACAGCUCCUUUAAUUCCAUGGAUUAUAUUUUCUUGGAAAAUACCAGAAUCCCCGCGAUGGUUGUGUGUUACGGGAAAAUCAAAACAAUGCAUCAAAUGUUUGAAGAAGAUAGCAAAAGAUAAUAACCGCGACUUGGAGGUGGAUACUGAGAAAGAGCUUAUGGCAAUAGAAAUUGAGGAUAGCAAUAGUGGAUUUGGGCCACUCGCAUUAUUUUCAGGAAAAAGAUUAGCCCUUAACACAAUUUUGCUACUAAUAUUAUGGGUAUUUAUUUCCAUAAGUUAUUCUGUCCUAGUGUUAAGCGCGGGAGAAAAGUCUGGCUUAAAUCCAUUUAUUCAGUUCUCUUUACAAUCGAUUGCCGAGAUACCGGCGAAUUUUUUGGGGGCAUGGUUAUGCGACCAUCUCGGCAGACGACGGUCGGUUACUAUGUCUUUCUUUGUGAUAGCAACAAUUUGGACAAUGAUUUCUCUUCGGGAACUAACAAAUAUGCAGUGGAUACGAGCAUCGUGGAUACACAGUGUUUUAAUUGGUAUUGGACGAUUAACUAUAGCUAUAGCAUUUUUUGCUAUAAAUUUACUAAAUUUAGAAAUAUAUCCUACCAGUUUGAGAAGUUCAGGAUUGUCUUUGGGAAAUGUUGUUUCUAGUGCAGCAGCUGCUAUUGCGCCUUAUAUUUUGUACUUGGGACGAAGAGUUGAUUCAAGAUUACCUGGAAUAAUACUAGGGAGUACCUGUUUCUUAUGUGUUUUCACGUCAAUAUUUUUACCAGAAACGAUGAACACAAAGUUACCAGAAACAAUAGAAGAUGCAAACUUACUUGGUAGUAAUAAAAGCAAAUAUUCGAAGGUAUCUGAAUCAAAGCAACCAGCACCAGAGAAUCUUACUUGAUGAUAAUACUUCUCUGAAAAAUUGUAUACCUACAUAUGUACCUUAGUUAUGUCGAGGCAAAUUUAAGUUUGCCAUGACGAAUUGUUGUUUGUGUUAUCUUUCUUACUACUAUUGUUAUAUUAUUUUGUUGUUAUUUAAUCUUAUCGACAGUCUAUUUGGUCUCAUAAUAGCGCAUUAUUCAAUUAUGCAUGUUGUGCUGAUCAGUUAUGUUAUUUGCGCUCAAGAUAAAUUAUUAUUAUUUAUUAGGUAUUGUUGUUGUUAUAAUGUUGAGAUUUGAAUUAUAAUUUCAAUUUUAGUUAAAGAACUGAACUGUAUAUUGUAUUUUUUCCGGUGAUAUGUAUUUAUGAAAAAAUUACAAUCAUUUUCCUCGUGAGAUCAUUUUUAUUGUAUUGUUGCUAGAAGGUAAUACAUGGUAAUACGAACAAGUUGAGUGAAUGUGAGUUUUUUUUAUAGGUAAGUAAUAGAUUGUUUUUUGCCAAUAAAUGGAUAUCUUAGUAGAAAUUUACAACAUUUCCCCAUGAUGUCUUCCUCAUUAAUUGCCGAAAAAAAUAUUAUCGUAACUAAUGCAAUAAACUUUUGCAACGCAACGGAUUCACUUACCUACAUAAAUAAAAAAAUAUGUCAAAUAAUAAGUAUAAUGACUAGCAACGGAAAUAUAUCAUUUGUGAAAAUUUCAGCUAUUUAGUUAUCACGGUUUAUGAGAUACAGCCUGGAUACAGACAGACAACGAAGUCUCAGUAAUAGGGUUCCGUUUUACCGUUUCGGUAGGUACGGAACCCUAAGAACGGUCCGAGCGAGAGGUCUCCCAAACAGAAAUGGUCCUUGUCUAAGGUUUUGACAACUCUUUUGAUGGAUGAAGGCUACGAUAAAUUUUUUAUUAUUUAGUUAUGAAUGAAAAUUAUAAUUUACAGUGUUUUUGUUUAUACUUUUACGAUACAAUACACGUGCACUAUGUUUUA